ACAUAAUAUUGUUAAUCUGUGAGAAGAACCUAUCAAUAUCAAAUCUACUAAGUCUGUGAUAUCAAAUCAAAGUUUUUGUUGUUAUUUUUAAGAUAAUUUCGUCAGAAGUUUUUUUACGCUUUUAUCGAUUACCAUCAUGUAACUUUUUAACCUGCAUACCGGAGAGCUUACCUGUACCUAUUUAUUGUGUUUAUUCUCCUAGCUGAAGAUAGAUCACAUUUACAAAAGCAGAUAUGUCUCGAUUAAAUAUCCACAAGGUUCACAUUGCUGAUGGUUUUGUUGAUGAUUGUGAGGAGUUGAUACACCGUUGGUUAAAAACUGAUAUGUUGACUUACGAAACAUUCUGUGAGAUAUGGAAAGAUAUGGAUUUCGGGUAUUUGUAUCAUGGCCGACCAGCUGCAACAGAGAUGGCAGAGUUAUCUGAGGAAUUGAUUUUUAUAGCAAAGCAUUAUAUGGUGGUCAAUUCAAGUAAUUUUGAGGAGUCUGUGGCGGGCUUGUUUCUGGUAUACGCUCUGUUAAAUUUACAACCGUAUACCGGGUUCGCGUCGUUGCGGCUCGUACCCGAUGACGUGCCGGCUAUAAAUAGAAUCGAGACAACAGCGCGAAGACAGAAACGUUACGAUGUACUGUACAUAUUGGGCUCGGUACUCAUCCAAGGGCCGGUUCAAUAUCACGCCGCUGAGCGGGAACGAGGCAUGGAGCUCGGCCUACGGAAGUAUUUGGAAGGUUACACGAGUAUAGACAAAUUGGGCGUCAGGCCUCGCGGUGUGUUCCAUCGUCAGAACGAGGAAUUGGACCUGCUACGUGAACUGAGAUGCAUCACCAAAAGAUACGCUCAAGCGAAGGAAAACAUAGGAGGCAAUACAAAACGUGACCUCAACUAUAUGAACCCCAAUUUUACUGAGGAAUUGGACGCGUCCCUAAAGCGCAUUAUUAAUAGAACGUCAGAACAGCAUUGUGUAAAUACUGACGACAAUGAAACUACAGACACGGCAAGUUCUAUGCAAGCAAUCAAAGAUAAAGCUAUGAAACUGCCAGUAGACAGCAUGAAGCACUUACAAACGACUGUCGGAAAAAGCAGAUCACCAAAAAAGAGUAGUCCGAAGAAGACAGUAUGUGAAAUCAAACAAAAACCUGGUGGGGUCAGACAGCGGAGCCCUAGAAAACCGGUGACGUCAAUGGCGAGACGAAAGACCUCGGGAAGAAUGCGUACAACCAAACGGAAACGUAAAAGUUCCAGUUCAAGUGAUGAUACCAAUCAUCCAUGGAACUCUGACUCAUCAGAUGAAAGCAAAAGCAGUGUUGAAAAAGUCAAUACAAAGAAUAUUGAAGCGAUUGACUUAAAUCUUGAUUUGUUUGAUAAAGAGACUAACAACGAAUGCAAUGUCACAGAAGAGAAAGAGAUACAUAUAUCUAUAGAGUCCCUGCCGGUUUUAAUUAGGGAAGAGCAGGACGGAAAGAUGUUUGAGAUAGAGAUCAUAGAUAAUUUGAAGCCUAAGAAAAUGGUUAAAGUAGAAAACACUAAGCAGAAAUUGUUAAAAUUGACAGAUGUAUCAUUGAAGAAAUUAGGUGUAGCAAAAGAUGAGACUUCUGUGGAACCUUUAAGUGAUUCCAAGGUUGCAGAAUUAGCGGAGAUCAAGAAAGUCCCGAUUAAGGAGGAGGCGGGAUCUUCUCGUCUCUUAGUGCGCCCGGAGAAGAGAGAUCUGAAGAAAACUCUGGUCAAAUCUAAGUUUAAAAGGAUGGGAAUACUAGAUAUGGUUGAUUGCAAAAAGCAUAGUCCAAAAAAGAAUACGAAAAAGUAAAUGUACAAUGAGAUACAACUUGCAUAACUCACUGAUAUACCUGAGCAGGAUAAAUGUCAAAGCGAGGCAAAUGUCGACCAAUCAGAAUCAAGUAUCACGCCAUUGGGUUGUUCAUCGAUAUCCACGCGUCUAACCGCGAGUGUGAGCUAGAAAGACUCCCAAUGUGUUGUAUUUUACCUUAUUUAUUGACAUAAGACUUUAAUAGUACUUUCAGACAUCGUCGGUAUUGGUAAAUCUGCUAUGCACAAACUAUAAACAGUUACAUAAUUCUCAUUUACUGUAAAUAAUAAUUUUAUUAGAAUAAGUUUAAAUGUGAUUAUUCUGCUAUAAUCAUUGUGAUAUUAGGUACUUUUGAAUAAACAAUGC